AUGUAAUAUGGACUUUAAUGCCGCAAGCAUCCGGGUAAUUAAGUGACUUUUGUGUGUACUAAAGUAAAUUGCAAUUACGGUAAUCUUCUUUGUUAGUAAUGUAAAUGCAAUUAUUCAAAUAUAAGGCAUAAAUGGAAACCUAUAACAUAAAAAUGAACACAAAAAUUAUUUGAAUUAGCUUAAUGAAUUUAUCUUUUAGUAGAAUGGGAAAACAAAAACGGUUUUGAUUCCCAAUAUAAAUAAUACACUUUUAGAAUUAGAUAAAAGAUUGAAAGAAUAUAAUGCUAUGAUUGACUAAGAAACAUAAGAGAUUGUUUCUGAUAUUGCACAAUUGUUUAAGAUAUUUUAUGAAAGUUCAGAUAGAGCAAAGAAAUAGAUUUAAGAAAUAAUUAGAAAAGAUUUAAUAGAGUAACAAGCAAGAAAUAUAAAUUUUAAAUAGCAAUUAUAAGAAAUACAAUCUAAUGAAUAAAAAAGGAAUGACAAUAACAAUUAUUUAUUCAAUACAAUAUUUUCUAGAGACCAAGAUAAAGAAUUACCUAUAUCUGAGUAAUCUUUGAUGUAGAUUAUCAACAAGUAUAAAAUAUUUUAAUAUGAAGGAAUGGAGAUCUGAACUAAUUACGAUGUGACAUUUUGAAUUGCUUAAAUAAUGUUGUUAGUACAUUAUAACCUACAAGUAAUAGAAUUCGAUACAAGUAUACCCAAAACCAUUAGUAAUAAUUCAAUCUUCUCAAAAAUGACUUCAUAUAAAGUUUGAAUUGUCUCUUCUAAAAAUUAACAGAUCUCACAUAAGAUUUUCAUACAGUUGAAGAUAUGAAACGCAGUUUGUAUUAAUUUGGAUCAUUAGAUGGUUCUCAAUCACUAAAAUAAUCAUAAGUAGUGUAAAGAACUUUGGGUUCAUCUUAAUUUAUAAGUACUGGAAACCAAAGUCAAAGAUUCUACAGAUCAAAUAGUUAAUCAUAAAUUCUGAGUGUAAAGACUCUAGAAUUGUUCCCUCAUUUAAGUCCAACUAUCUAAUCAAUAUUAAAUAAGAUAGGUCAUUUAUCACCUCCAUAGGCUGAUUCUUUAUUGAGUAAUAUAGAAACUGUGCCUCCUUGCUAAUUCCCUGAUGGGAUUAUUUAUGAAGGUCAGAUAUAGAAUAAUUAGAGAUUUGGUUGGGGAAGAGCAAUCAUAGGAUAAGACUAUUAUGAGGGCUAUUGGAGAGGUGGAUUACCAUUUGGUUUUGGUAGAAUAAUUAUGGCAUCAGGUGAUUAUUAUGAGGGAUUCUCUUAAAAUGGUCAAGCUAAUGGAAGAGGAUUAUUUUGUUCAGGUGGUUAUUCCUAUGAAGGAGAUUGGGAAGAGGAUUUAAAGCAAGGGAAAGGGUAAGAGAUAUUACAAGGGAAGUAUGAAUAUAAAGGAGAUUUUAAGAAUAAUGUGAAGUGUGGGCAAGGGAGACUGAUUGAUUUAGUAACAGGGAAUGAGUAUCAAGGAGAGUUUUAGAAUAAUUAACUAUAAGGAGAGGCAACUAUUGAGUAUAAAAAUGGAGACAAAUAUUAUGGAUAAGUUAUUACAGUAGAUGGAUAGAUAAAAAGGAAUGGAUAAGGAAUCUAUUUAUGGUUAGACUCUAGAAAAUAUGAAGGACAAUAUGAAAAUGACUUAGAACAUGGAGAUGGAGUGUUUAUGUGGUAAAUGGCAGUUUGAUUGUGAAUUAGGCCAGAUUAGUGGAUUUAUAAAGGAUAGUGGUAAUAUGGGAUGUAACAUGGAAAGGGAAUUCAAUACAAUCCAUAAGGGAAGGAGAGAGAGGGAAUUUGGAAUAAUGGAUAAUUUAAUAAGUGGAUUAGUUGAU